CCCAGCUGCCAGGCUUCUGUGCCUCUGCUGCUUCGCCGCAGCCAGGCUCGGGUAAGGCGGGCGCCCCGUGGGCUCGGGCUCCCGUGUCCCAGGCGCGGGUGUCUGACUGCCCCAGGCUCGUGCCUCCGCUCGAUUUCCCGCCCUCAGGCCGGGGGUUUGGAUACUGAGGGCGAGGAAAGAAGGAUUCUUUCAACAUGAGGGCCUUCCUGCAGGCAGUGGCGCUCUGGGGAAAGAAGGCCCCUUCCCACAGCAUCACUGCCAUCAUGAUCACUGAUGACCAGCAGAUGAUUGUGACUGGAAGUCAAGAGGGUCAGCUCUGUCUCUGGAAUCUCUCAUCUGAACUAAAGAUUUCGGCCAAAGAACUUCUUUUCGGUCACUCGGCUGCAGUAACGUGUUUGGCGAGAGCGAGAGACUUCUCCAAACAGCCGUUUGUCGUUAGUGCUGCUGAGAACGGGGAGAUGUGUGUUUGGAAUGUCACCAACGGACAGUGCGUGGAGAAGGCCACCCUUCCUUACAGGCACAGUGCAAUCUGUUAUUACCACUGCUCAUUCCGGAUGACAGGAGAAGGCUGGCUUCUAUGUUGUGGAGAAUAUCAAGAUAUUCUUAUAAUUGAUGCCAAAAGUUUGGUUAUUAUUCACACUUUCACAUCGUCUCAAUCUCCUGAUUGGAUCAACUGCAUGUGCAUUGUUCAUUCCAUGAGAAUUCAAGAAGAUUCUCUCUUGGUGGUGUCAGUAGCUGGGGAGCUCAAAGUAUGGGAUUUAUCUUCAUCCAUCAACAGCAUUCAGGAAAAGAAAGACGUUUAUGAAAAGGAAUCCAAAUUUCUCAACUGCCUGAACUGCCAGACAAUACGAUUUUGCACAUAUACAGAGAGACUUCUACUGGUGGUAUUUUCUAAAUGUUGGCAGGUUUACGAUUAUUGUGAUUUUUCCCUUCUUUGGACUGAAGUUAGUGGGAGCAGGCAGUUGUUUGCUGGUGGAGAGGUGCUUGCUGCUCACAGAAUCAUCAUCUGGACAGAAGAUGGUCACAGUUAUAUCUAUCAGCUGCUGAACAGUGGGCUUUCAAAAGGCAUAUACCCUGCUGAUGGAAGAGUGCUUAAAGAGACCAUUUAUCCUCAUUUACUGUGCUCUACAUCUGGGCAGGAAAAUAAGAGCCUUCCCUUUGUUAUGGGCUACAUGAAUGAAAGGAAAGAGCCUUUUUAUAAGGUGCUUUUCUCUGGAGAAGUCUCAGGAAGAAUUACUUUGUGGCACAUCCCUGAUGUCCCUGUAUCCAAGUUUGAUGGUUCUCCUAGAGAGAUACCAAUAACUGCCACUUGGACCCUUCAAGAUAAUUUUGAUAAGCAUCAUAGCAUGUCACAAAGUAUUACUGACCAUUUCUCUGGGCUUAAAGAUGGGACUGGAACUGCGGUAGUCACUUCGUCAGAGUAUGUUCCAAGUCAUGAUAAACUAAUAUGUGGCUGUGAAGAUGGGACAAUUUUCAUUACACAGGCUUUGAAUGCUGCCAAAGCAGGACUUCUAGAAGGCAAUUCUUUAUUAAAAGGUUCCCUUCCUCACAAAGUUCUCAAAGGCCACCACCACAGUGUUACAUCCUUGCUUUACCCACAUGGUCUCUCUUCAAAAUUAGACCAAAGUUGGCUGAUAUCUGGAGACCAGAACUCAUGGGUCAUCUUGUGGGACAUCUUUACUGAAGGAAUUCUGCAUAAAUUCUUUUUGCAAGCUGGUCCAGUAACACGUCUUUUGAUGUCACCAGAGAAUUUCAAACUACGAAGUAAUCAGGUAAUUUGCUGCGUGUGCAGUGACCAUUCCGUGGCUCUCCUUCACCUUGAAGGGAGGAGGUGCCUCCUGAGUGCUCGGAAGCACCUUUUCCCUGUGAGGAUGAUAAAAUGGCACCCGGUUGAGAACUUUCUAAUUGUUGGAUGUGCAGAUGACUCUGUUUACAUCUGGGAAAUUGAAACAGGCACUUUGGAAAGACAUGAAACGGGAGAAAGAGCAAGGACUAUUCUUAACUGUUGUGAUGAUUCACAGCUUCUAAAGCCUGAAUCUGUACUACCAGUUGCCUCAGAGACACGUAGGCACAAAAGUGUAGAACAGAGGUGCUCCAGCUCCUACCAGCUUGGGCCAAUACCUUGUCCUGGUCUGCAGGUGGAGUCUUCAUGUAAGGUUGCUGAUACCAAGUCCUUCUCAGGACCUUUUAAUGUCUUGCCUGUGAGGACAAAAUGGAGUAACAUUGGAUUUCAUAUCCUUCUAUUUGAUCUGGAAAACCUUGUUGAACUUUUGCUGCCAACUCCAAUCUGUGACGUGGACCCUUCCAAUUCAUUCUAUGGCAGCGAGAUCCUGAGAAGAGCCAAAAGCACAGUAGAGAAGAAAACACUGACACUGAAAAGAAAUAAAACCGCCUGCGGUCCUCUCUCAGCGGAGGCACAAGCCCAGCCUGUCAGUGAAAGCCCAGCCCAAGGAGACAAUACCAUCAAAUUAUCAGAAGAAAAUGAUGGCAUUAAAAGGCAGAAGAAAAUAAAGAGCUCCAAAAAGAUGCACCCUAAGCAAUCAAGAAAAGUCGAUGCCAACCUCACAAUAGACACAGCUAAAUUGCUCCUAUCUUGCCUUUUACCAUGGGGAGUGGAUAAAGAAUUAGAUAAUCUCUGUAUUAAGCAUCUCAAUAUUUUAAAGCUUCAGGGUCCUGUUUCUUUAGGACUUGCUUCAAAUGAAGAUCACUUCUCAUUGAUGCUGCCAGGUUGGGAUUUAUGCAAUGCUGAAGUGAAAAAAGACUAUUCAAAAGUGAAUUUAUUUUCCAGAAAAGUUUUGGACUUGUCAAGUAAAUACACUUCCACUCUUCCAAAUCAGGCUGGGAUGCCAAGAGGACUGGAAAAUAAUUCUGAUUCUUUGCAAGAGUCAAACAUGAUAGUUUACUUAUUGAGCAAACUAUUUUUAGUUAAUAAGUUAGUUAACAUGCCUUUAGAACUGGCAUGUGGAAUUGACAGUUCUUUCAAAGUGGAGUCUGUGCACAACAAGAUGAAAAGUCCUGGGAACGAUAUUUUGAAUAUUUCAAGCUUCUACGGUUAUUUACGAAAUGGUAAGAGUGAAUCCCAUCUACCUGAAGCUGAUGUUUCACUUUUGAAACUAAUUUCCUGUUGGAGAGACCAGUAUGUCCAGGUCUUGGUUUUCCUUGAACACUGCCUAACUCUUGGACCUUUCCUCAUUUCUUACCAGGAAGAAGCUAAGGUAACUGAAGCAAUACAAGCUGUUCUCUUGGCGGAAGUUCAACAGCACAUGAAGACUUUAAGAAAGACACCAGUCAACAGUGAACCAGUGUCCCUGGCAGAGAAUGGUGACUAUGAAAUGAUGCAGAUUCUGCCAAAGAUGGAAUGGGCCAAGGAACCAGAGUUACAGUGUAUUACAGACACUUUGCCUCUGAAAACUCCAGUCAGUCCGGUCAAGCAUGACAGCAACUCAAACUCGGCAAACUUCCAAGACACGGAGGACAUGCCUGACAGAUGUGUCUUGGAAGAGUCUGAGAGUCCAGGUGAACGAAGGCAUCAUUUAUGGAUAGCAAAGGUGUGCUCCUGCAAGCUGUGUUAAAUGGAAUCUCAUGUCUAGGAAAUGGAUUUGGACAAAUUAACAACCCCAGACAUGCCAUUUGUUUCUCAUUGUACAUAAGCUCCGUUGUUAUUAGUCUAGUUAUUAGGUUGCAGUAGGUCUGCUGAUAUUUUGGCCAGAAUGUAUUCAAAGUGUGGUUACUAAUCAAAAAUAUCAAAUUCAUCUAAUUUUAGGAAAUCAUUAUCUAAAUCAUUUUAUGCUUCUCACUUUUCUUUGACUAUUUCCAACAAGGAAUGCCAGCCCAGAGAUGCAAAUUUAACAAUUUUAGAUUUUCUUCCAUUUUUCAGUUCCUGAAUUAUAUAACUUCACUGUUUUUCAACAGUGUAAAAAACAAUGCUUUUAAAUGUAAUGUUGCUUUAAUGUAUUUAAUCUAAAACGUUACCAAAUUUGUUUGAUUUGUCAGGUUAAGACAUUUUGCUUUAGUAGUUGUUUUAAUUUGGAUCAAUCACCCUACGGUAAAUCUCAUCCUUAAGCAUGAAAUGUUGUCAACAAAUAGCCAGUUCCUUUAGUCAUCAAUUAGCCUGAAUAAGUCAUACACAGUGUAACAGGGACCAAUCUUGUGCAGUCAAGUUAAUUUGGACUUGUAAUGACACAGAGGCUAAUGUCUUUAGCUAAAGGUUGAUCUUGUUGACCAUAUAGAUGUGAACUAAGGAAGGGGAAUCUACUUACAUCACAACUGUCCUUAUUAAGUAUAAACUCUGAUAGUCCUAUUCCCAGAAAGAAGCUUGACUAGCAGGAAUUCUCAGACUAAAAUAUGCGAAGCAAUAUAAAUACAAACAGACAUAAAGUGCUCAUCUAUUAAGGCCUUUAGUGAUCUGAUUCAUUUGCUGUGAUUUAUAUUGUAUAAUUCCUAAAUUUAUAGAAAAUCACCAAGAAGAUUAUUAGUGUGCAUAUGAAUACAAAUAUUGACUAAUCCAUAGAAAAAUAGAAAUAAAGUGUUAAAUAUAUGAUAUACAUCUCUAUCUGUCUAAUAGGGAAGUCCUAGUCACUUCAAUUUAACAAACGUUUUGGGGUGCACCAGCAUUGAGUUCUGUGCAAGGGAGGAUACACUGGGCAAGGGAGUAGGGGAUAUCAGAGAACAGAACUAUAAACUUGAAAUAGCAUGGUCUGUAUCCUUAAAGAGCUUAUAAUUAAUGACUGACCUAAAUGAAUAUGCCAGAACAUAAGACAUCAGGUGAGGGUGACUCUUGUAAAGUAGAUAGAAAUAUGUGUUCUCUUUUUUUUGCCUAAAAGAUGAUGACAUUACUUGAAAUUACUUUUGACUCAUACUUCAGAAACAGUAAUAUAGUAUUAAUAUGAAUAAUGAUAGAAAACCGUCACCCUUUGAAAAUCUGUGUGUGUGUGUGUGUGUGUGUGUGUAUGACUAGGGCUUUGAAAACUGUCAAAAGCCACUUGGAACAAGUUUCAAAAUAAAGGAGGGUAACAAGCUAGGCAGUGGAACACAUUUUCUUGCAUGCUGUGUGCUAGCAGAACUCCCGAUUGUAUUUUUAAUUAUGGCAGUAUCAAAUAAAGAUAUAUCCUCUCAAAAAGGUAAUUUUAACAGUUAAAACUAACUUGAAUGCUCAAGUUCUGGCAUAGUUGUUAAAGGUAAACUUUUGCUUUUAUAGCUAUGUCCUAUUAUUCUUUUUUCAAAGAACAAUAAAAAUAAGUUUAUAUAGCUGUCAUAUUUAGCAUUUUUUUUAGGCCCAAGGAAACCAAUAUUGAAUCCUUGAUAAAUAUUUUAUGAUGUCACUAGCUAUAGCAAAUUAGAAGUAGCAUGUCCUUGACAUUACUAAAUGAGAUUUUUAAAGAUUUUUUUCACAUCAUAUUUUAUAGUUGCUAAAAUUUUAAAAUUCCUAUCAAAUGACUAAAAUCUUCUUUUACCAAUAUAAAUAUCGGAGGCCAACAGCAUUAAGUAUCAAAAUUUUAAUUCCUAAAAAUGAGAGUUUUAAGAGAUACUCAUUUAAAUAAUGUUCCCUAAUAUCCAUGUUCAAGUGUGUUUAUGACACAAAUCCACUAGUCUGUUUUAAAAUAAUUACACUGAUUUAUGUUCAACAUAUUGCAGGAAUUUCUGUUGUGAGGAGAACUUGAAGUAGUAAAUUGCCACACAAUUAACUGAAUCAACAACAUGGUACCACAGCUAGAAACUCAAAACUGAUUGUCUCUUGAUUAAGUGUUUGUCCUUUUGUAUGUCAAGUCUUAGGUCACAGUGGAGUAAUUGUAUUAGCAAACAAAUGGGCUUGUAUGCAGAGUUUUCCUUGUCAUUGUAAUAAAUAAAUCAUUUAGAAAUUA